ACGAAGCCCAAGCUCGCUUCCCCUUCCGCAUACAAACCCCUAGUCAGAACAUGUCGGACGCCGCCGCCGCCCCCGCGCAGGAUGUGCCCAAGGAGGAGGACUCGCGCAAGGUGAACCUCGUGUCCAUGGACGGCGACAGCUUCGAGGUCUCGCGCAGCGUCGCGGCCAUGAGCGAGCUGGUCAAGACGCUCAUCUCGGAUGACGCCGACGACGACGAGGUGCAGGAGAUCCCGCUGCCCAACGUCAAGAGCCCCGUGCUGUCCAAGGUGAUCGAGUUCUGCAGCCACCACCACAACAGCCCCAUGCGCGAGAUCGAGAAGCCCCUCAAGAGCGCGGACAUGCACGACGUGGUGUCGGACUGGGACGCCAACUUCGUGGACAUCGAGCAGGAGAUCCUGUUCGAGCUCAUCCUGGCGGCCAACUACAUGGACAUCAAGAGUCUCCUGGACCUGGCCUGCGCCAAGGUGGCCAGCAUGAUCAAGGGCAAGACGCCCCAAGAGAUCCGCGAGACGUUCAACAUCGUCAACGACUUCACGCCCGAGGAGGAGGCCCAGAUCCGCGAAGAGAACAAGUGGUGCGAGGAGGCUUAAGCUGAAGGAGGACGAGAGACGCCUAAGAGUGGUGGCUACACUAUUGCGGGGCAGCACUCGCGCCCACGCAGUCCCUCGCUCUCUCUAACCCCCAGAGAAACGAGGAAGACAAGCUUUUGCCACCUAAAUGGCCGCGUGUUGAGAGCGAGUUCGGCAGAUAAAGGCCGUGUUUGCAGUGUUUUGAGAAGCCGAAAGAAAGAAAAUCUCGAGCGUUAUAUUUUUUUCAUC